GAACCCAUCGAGUAAUCGGGGGAAAACUAUCCCUGAAAUGCUUCACCGUUGCAAGUCCCUUCCUAGCAAAUUUUCUGCAGUUAUAAUCAGGAGAAGCUUUCUCAUCCAACAAAUUCGCUCGAAAUCAAGCCGUCGUUUCAACAUCAGAGACUCGGACAAAGAAGAUGACGAGGAUGACUACGGUAACAAUCUCGGAAGCGACGUUAAAGUUUCAGAGAAACAUUUACAGCUAUUCAAAAGCCGGGGACAACAUCUUCUCACUAACCCGCGAGUCCUCGAUACUAUUGUCAGGAAAUCCAAUAUAAAACCCAAUGACACCGUUUUAGAAAUCGGACCCGGCACCGGAAAUCUGACUUUGAAGCUGCUUGAAGUUGCGGAGAAAGUUAAUGCUAUCGAAAUCGACAAGCGCAUGGUCGAAAUCCUUCACAAGAAAGUCGCUGAGCGAGGAUUUGAAGACCGGUUGACUGUAAUAUGUGAUGACGCACUGAAGGUUGAUUUUCCACAAUUUGAUCUCGUGGUAGCUAAUAUUCCCUAUGGGAUAUCCUCGCGUUUGGUAGCGAAGUUCGUGUUUGGUGGGAGUAAGUUCAGGAGUGCAACACUUUUACUUCAGAAAGAGUUUGCUAGGAGGCUGUUAGCCGAUCCUGGUGAACCAGAGUAUAACCGGUUAGCGGCGAAUGUGAAGCUGGUGGCAGACGUGGAGUUUGUUAUGGAUGUAAGCAAGAGGGACUUUUUGCCCGUUCCUAAGAUUGAUUCUUCGGUGAUCAAGAUCUGGCCUAAAGAGGACGUUCCAAGUGUUGAUUUGAUGGAAUGGUGGGCGUUUACACGGAUGUGCUUUAGCAAGAAAAAUAAGACACUCGGUGCGAUAUUUAAGAAGAAGAGGAAGUUGAUGGAGCUGAUGAAGUUGUCACAAACUGAUGCGAGUUUCCAAGAUUAUGAGAGUCAUGGUGAUGAUGAAAAGGAAGUUGAGCUGAAUGCUGAAAGUGAAGAUGAACAUGAAGAUGACAAAAAUGAAAUGGAGACGAAUAUGAAAAUGGGCUCGAAGAAAGGGAUGAGCUCGUUUAAAGAGAAAGUCGUGGAAAUCAUUAGAUCCGGAGGAGUGGAGAGCAAGAGGCCUUCAAAGCUAUCAAACGAGGAAUUGCUGCAUUUGCUCUCCGUGUUUAAUCAAGCUGGUAUACAUUUUCAUGAUCAAGCAGAGGUCAAGGAUACAAACAAUGCAAAAUACUAUGAAAAAUUGAUAACGACUUUUAUUAAAUACGAGUUGACUCCAAACUAAGUUGGAGCAGAGGGCUGUGAUAAUCACUGCUGACCCUUUUUUUUCAAAAAAAAAUUUCACUCCUUAUAGUUGGCGUCUGAACUUGAACUACUAUAUUGUUUUAAGUACCCAUGAUGGAUCUGAACUCCUUUCGUUAAACUACUUGUGCUGCGGUUGACAUCCAAGUUCUACAUGUCAUUGAGUACUUUGGAUCCCAGGGUUUUGAUACCAUACGAA